CACCGGGACUCUCCGCCGCUGCCGCUGUAAGGUCCGGUUGUGACAGGUGACGGCGAACUUGGACUCGAUGACGCUCCACUGGACGAUGAAGCCCAGUUUGAAGGUCUCCGUCUCCUCGAAGAUGUUGCUCCGGACGGCCACCCAGCCCUCCAGGCUGUCCGGCCGCUCGCACUCCGCGUUAUUCAUCUUAAAAUCGGUUGUUUUUCACCUCGGCCUCUGAGAAGCUGUUGUUUACACCGUCCGCCAUUUGUGUGACGCCGGCUGCCUUCAGGGACCGGAGGAGACAUCCGGAUAUUCCCGAGAAACGAAACAUAAAACCACUAGAACUGAGGUUAAACUGCAAUUUAAACGACAUUUAAUGAAAGUAAAAUGUUAUAUAGGUUUUCAAUACUCAACCAGUAUCUUUACUUCAGUUUUUAACUAACAUUACACUUGCUCGUACUCCUGCUCUUUUAUAUUUGUUGUUAUCACUUUCUUUCUUUUCUGUUUUUAAAGCAUUUUCUUAUUUAAUGAUAUGUCUUUCCUUCUUUAUUUCCUUUUCAUUUAAAGGUCAUUUUAACAUGUUCUUAUGUCACUUAAAGUCUGUUCUCUCAUAUGAAUUACAUUUUAACAUGAUUUAAUUUGUAUCUCUAUUGUAUUAAAAGCACUUUCAGGUGCAUUACUCGAAUAGGUGCUCUACAAAUAAAGUUUAUUAUUAUUAUGUUAUUGUUGUUAUUAUAAUUUAAGUGGUUGAAAGUUAAUCCAGUGUGUGAUCAAUCUCUGUAGAUUAAAGUAGCCUGGGCUUUAUGUGUUGUUUUUUAUGUCCUGUUUUCAAACGUGAUGUGUUCUUAUUAAAUGUCGACAAACGGCCAGUCUUCAUUUACACUGAUGUAGGUAGUGAACGAGCAAAUACGUAGAUAAUCCCCGUUCAAAAGAGUUUGAAUUACCGAAAGGGGAAUUUACGAGGUAUUGCGAAGGCAUCACGAUGGCAGUGUGUUGAACUUUAACCUUUGAAUCAGUCACAUGUUCGGGGCUUUCCAGCUCCUAAUAGUGAAGUAAUCAACAAACAGACUUUUUUCAUUCAUUUAAUUUACUUUAAUUUAUUUUUUUAAACAAUUGUAUCAAAACAAAACAAAAACCUCUCACUGGUGCAACGUUUUACUGAAUAACUGAUAAUUCCCUGUGUGAAUGUUUGACAUUCCUGUGACAGUAAUCUGAGUCCCUUCUAUUUCUGUCUGGUUGAGGGCUGAACUGCUCCGAGCAGCUGGACAGUCAUGGUUGUUCACAACAGACUGGAGCGGUGAGCUGUUCAGUCCCACAGUCCUUCUCCUAAUGGACCUGUGUGAGAUCAGAGGAGGCCGACUGGAUGUGAUCACAGAGGAGGCUGAGCACCAGGAGCUGUUGAGCCGCGGGCCGAGCACCAUGGAUCCCCACAGUGGGGCAUCAGACAGAGGAAGGAGGGCGAACAUCUCCACCUUCCAGAGGUUCUCCGUCGACACAGACGACUCCCUUCGGUUCGAGCCCUGUGAGGACAGUCCUUCUACCACUGGGGCGGAAGACGGACUCGAUGAAGAUGAUGAUGAUGAUGAUGUGUUUAAGGAGGGAGAAACCGAGACAGAGAUCGUCACGACCAGGAAUCAGUUGCAGGGGAAGGUUGUGGAGAUGGAGAACUUCGCAGGUCAUCUGGAGGAAAUCUUUCUCACUGUGGAGGAGAGCUUUGGCCGUAAGGAGCAGCACUUGGAGCAGCACUACAACGAUGUGCUGCUGACCUUGUCUCAGCGAUAUGACGAGCGGGCGGCUGGACUGGAGGAGGAGAAGAAGAGCAAGCUGGAGGCUCUGUACAGGCAGCUGCUCACUUGUGGCCGAGCGCUGGACGCCUCCAAGGAGCUCAUUGAGGCAGCCCAGGAGGUGCACCGCAGCCGGGACAAAAGGCUUUUUCUCCAGACAGUCAUGCCCACCAUGAAAAGAAUGGAGGAGUUUGCCAAAGACGAGGUUGACCUCACGUUGUCGACACGUCUCGAGUUCGACACGCCGAUCGCCGACCUGGCAGACGUGAAAACCAUGAUGGACUCCAUCAAUGUGGUUCCAGCUCCAUCCGCCCCGGUGAUCAACCCCCAGCUGCCCGGCUCCGCCACCCAGACGUCUCUGCGCGUCUGCUGGAGCCUGUUCUCCGACGACACGGUGGAGUACUACGAGCUAUACUACAGACCGGUGCUGGAGGACACACCGGCAGACAGCACCUGUGCACCACACGUGAGCAAAGUGAAGGUGAAGGAGACUCACUGCACUGUGACUGGUCUGCUGCCCGAUGCCCAGUACGAGCUGUGGGUGACGGCGACCAACACCACAGGCAUCAGCCCGGCCAGCGAGAAGGCCUUAUACAUGACAGUGCCGUCUCCUCCAGUGAUCAAGCAGAGGGAGUGCAGCAGCUGCCCGGAGGCGGCCAUGCUCCGCUGGGAGUCAGGGAACACCAACCCUGUGGACUCCUACACCGUGGAGCUCAGUGAGAUGGGGGCUGACGGCACAGAGAGCGGCGUCUCCGAGUCGAUAGUGGCUGUGCCCACCUGUCAGUGUCUGAUCCAGCUGCAGGCAGGACGCGGUUACCUCAUCUCUGUGCGAGCGGUCAACAUCGGCGGCCCCAGCGACAGGAGUGACGUCAUCACCGUAUCCACAACAGGUACAUUCUUCCGUCUCCUGGAAGACACUGCUCACCCCUGCCUGUCCCUCUCUGAGGACGGCUUCACCAUGUUCUAUGGAGACGAGGAACUCCCCAUUGGUUCCAUGGCCUUAGACGACAGAACCUUCACCAGGUGUGUGGCUGUGCUGGGAGAUCUGAUUCCAGUAAGAGGGAGACACUACUGGGAGGUCGAGGUGGACUAUGGGACGGAGUUCCGGAUCGGAGUUGCAUACGAGGACACAGAUAGGAGCUCGUACCUCGGAGCCAACAACACGUCCUGGUGCAUGAGACACAUCGUCACUCCGUCCAGGCACAAAUAUGAGUUUCUGCACAACGGCUGGAGUCCUGACCUGAGGAUCACAGUGAACCCAGAGCGGAUAGGGGUGGCGCUGGACUACGAGACAGGGACUCUGUCCUUUUUCAACGUGGCUCUGGAACAACACCUACACACCUUCAACUGUCACUUCCAAACUUAUGUCCAGCCUUGUUUUAGCCUGGACAACCCAGGAGCUCUCACCGUCCACAACAGCAUAGAGGCUCCCCAGUACAUGUUCGUCUGACACCAGCCAUCUUAGCUAGACUCAUGAUGAAAUAAAAGCAAGUGGAAUAACUGGUGAUAUAUUUGCAAAUAAAAUUGUGAGAUCCCCAAUAAAGAAAAGCCGACAAGUCAUUAAAUGUUUUUCUUCAUCUGCAGUAGAAAUGGUGUGUGAUCCAGAAUAAGGGGUUUUCAGUUGUUUUUAUUAUAAUAUUCCAUGGGAACAGGCAAACACCAUUUUCCAAGAUAAGAAAAAGUCUCACUGAAUUUUACAAUAUGUUCUUAUAUCAUCAAUAACUCUGCAGCAGACCAAGUGUCCAAAGGAGGAAAUAAGGAGCUGGUUUAGUAAGA